AUGUUCAAAUAUAAUUUUAAGUCAUUAGAAAACAUCGGAGCUAAUGCAUUUCAAAAUGUGCCAAUUGAGGAAUUUUCAGUUAAGAUUGAAUAUCUUUUUGACUCUCAACUUUUAGAGUUACCAAUCAAAAAAUUCAUUAUUUCAAGCCAUCUUAGUAGCAUCGAUUCCAUGCAGUCUUAUUCUGAUAACUAUGGAUCAAAUCGUUACUAUUUCGAAAAGUAUUAUCCUCUUCUAGAAUCGAUUGAAUAUACAACUGAUUCAAAUUAUAUUUUAUUGGUCAAUAUGGAACAAAUUGAAGAAAUAGAUACAUCAGAUGAUCCGGAAUCAAGAAUUUCUGUUUAUAUUGCAAGAUGUCCAAAGCUCAAGAAAUUGCCAAAUAGAAUAGAAAACCUUUUCUAUAUUGGCGAUUUACCUGAAAUAGAAUCUGUUGAUUUAUCUUAUUGCAAAUUAAUUAAAAGAAAUAGUUUCUAUAAUUGUCCAAAACUGAAAAAUGUUAUUGGAUGGGGAGAUCACGAGAUGAAUGUGUAUCAAAGUUUAUUUGUCCUUUGA